GCAAGAAUUGCAGUGACUUCUUCACAAAGCCAACUCCCAGCUCUCUGUACCCUCUACAUCUCUUACUCUCACUUUUUGAUCUUCAAGUAGCGGAUAUGGGCCAGGGAACACCGGGAGGUCUGAAUCGGCAAGGGGGACUUCCGGGGGAUCGGAAAUCUGACGGGGAUAAGAAGGAGAAGAAAUUCAAGCCCGCUGCACCACCGGCUAGGGUGGGCCGGAAGCAGCGGAAGCAGAAGGGUCCCGAGGCGGCAUCGCGGCUACCAAACGUGACUCCAGUAACAAAGUGCAAGCUAAGACUGCUGAAACUUGAGAGAAUCAAGGACUAUCUGUUGAUGGAGGAGGAGUUCGUGGCGAAUCAAGAGCGGCUCAAGCCCCAGGAAGAGAAGGCUGAGGAGGAUAGAUCGAAGGUCGAUGAUCUCAGAGGUUCUCCCAUGAGCGUGGGAAAUCUGGAGGAGCUGAUUGACGAGAAUCACGCCAUUGUUUCGUCGUCGGUUGGACCGGAGUACUAUGUGGGGAUCUUGUCCUUUGUUGAUAAGGACCAGCUGGAGCCUGGGUGUGCCAUAUUGAUGCACAACAAAGUUCUAUCUGUUGUUGGGCUUCUUCAAGAUGAAGUUGAUCCAAUGGUGUCAGUGAUGAAAGUUGAGAAGGCUCCAUUGGAAUCUUAUGCUGAUAUAGGUGGUUUAGAUGCCCAGAUACAGGAGAUUAAGGAAGCAGUUGAGCUCCCUCUAACUCAUCCUGAGCUUUAUGAAGAUAUUGGCAUCAAGCCUCCCAAGGGAGUCAUACUGUAUGGAGAGCCUGGAACGGGCAAAACCUUGCUAGCAAAGGCAGUGGCAAAUUCGACGUCUGCAACGUUUUUGCGCGUUGUUGGUAGUGAAUUAAUUCAAAAAUACUUGGGAGAUGGUCCAAAGUUGGUGAGGGAACUAUUUAGAGUUGCUGAUGAUCUCUCCCCUUCAAUUGUCUUCAUUGAUGAAAUUGACGCUGUUGGCACGAAAAGAUACGAUGCUCACUCUGGUGGGGAACGUGAAAUUCAGAGGACUAUGUUGGAAUUACUUAACCAAUUAGAUGGUUUUGAUUCAAGAGGAGAUGUCAAAGUGAUUCUUGCGACCAACCGAAUUGAAAGCCUUGAUCCUGCUUUACUUCGGCCUGGUCGAAUAGAUAGGAAGAUUGAGUUUCCACUUCCUGACAUCAAAACGAGGAGGCGUAUUUUCCUGAUACAUACAUCGAGAAUGACACUGGCUGAGGAUGUGAAUUUGGAAGAAUUCGUCAUGACAAAGGAUGAGUUUUCUGGAGCUGAUAUAAAGGCAAUAUGUACUGAAGCUGGUUUGCUUGCUUUGAGGGAGCGACGUAUGAAGGUGACACAUGCAGACUUCAAGAAGGCAAAGGAGAAGGUCAUGUUCAAGAAGAAGGAAGGGGUGCCAGAAGGCCUAUAUAUGUGAAAAAUACUCAAUGUGCAAUCAGAAUUUCUUUUUAUGCAUUCCUUUUAAUCUUUUGGUUAAUCGAUGUUUCUAUAUGAAGCAAACGGAGAAUUUGCAAGUCAUGGAUCUACUCUCGUGUUAUUGGACUGUAAGUUGAGCUGCUCCCAUGGAGUUUUCAGCACAUCAACUAGGAAGUAGGAACUAGAAAGUAGAGAAAUUUAUAGGUGUUCAUUCUUAUCAACAGGUUAGCCUGAAGCAACUCGUACGUUUUGAUUCUCGUGAUAGUGAUUCUAAUUUGUGCAACUAUCUUGAUGCUAUAGCUUAACAAGAGCGCACUCUCUUUGGAGGUUGCAAACGA